AUGGAGGACGAGGAUUCGUGUCGUAUCUGCCGCAGUGGGCCGGAGCCUGGCGCUCCUCUCUACUAUCCGUGCAAGUGCACCGGCUCCAUCCGCUACUGCCAUCAGGACUGCCUCGUCGAAUGGCUUCAGCACUCGAGAAAGAAGUACUGCGAGCUAUGCAAUCAUCCAUUCAUCUUUCACAAAAAGUACCGCAGGGACAUGCCCUCCGAUGGCAAGCUUCCACGAUACCUCUAUGUCCGAAGACUCGCAAUCCGCGCCGUGCAGGUCUCCCAGCUGGCGGCCCGCGCUCUUCUUGUCGGCUUUACAUGGCUAGCGUUUCUGCCAUACGUCAACAUCAACGCUUGGCGCUUCAUGUUCUGGUCCAUCGACGUUGCCGCUUGGAUGGGCGUGCCCGGCGCCACACCCCCUUUCAGUAUGGAGGCACCACCUGCCAACAGAUCCUCCUCCGGGCUCUCGCCCAAUGCGAGUCAUUCUUCAAACUCGUCAGCUAGCAUUCAGGCACCGAACGUGGGUCGCAGCCCAAACGGCUCCAUCUUCCAGGCAGGUUCCUUGGCGCAUACACCAAUAUCAACGGCAAAUCUCAAGCUGGCGUUGAGCUCCUUCGUCGAGAAGCUGGCCCACGACGUCUUUGAAGGUCAAAUCCUCAGCUGCGUCAUUGUUGUCUUCUUUGUCGGCGUUUUUCUCCUCCGCGAAUGGAUCUUGCAAAACAUGCCGCAGAACUUCGACAAUCCACCCAACCAGGAGGGUAUCCCACAGCCUCAGCCACCGCUCCCGGCGGAAGCGGCAGCACAGCAGCCCGCGAUAAACGACAUGCCACCACAGCUCGUAGCCGAGAUCGAGCGCAGGCGCCGCGAGGGAGUCGGGGAGCAAAGACGCAUCAAUGCGUUGCUCGAUCAGCUGCACGAACUUGAGACAGAAGAGCCGACGCAAGAAAGGGAGGGGGUCGAAGCGGAGUCUCAGGGAGACGAGCUGGACCUCGAUCCAGAGGCUCAAAGAGCUCAGGCGAGAGAGGCGCGCAUUCGACGUCUCGCGCAAGGUGCAAACGGACAGCAGCGUGAUGGUCCGGCCGCUGCGGCUUCGGAUGCUCCUGAAGCUCACGACGCCACUGAACGACAGGACAAGGAUGUUGCAGCUGUCGAAAGCAUACCCAAAGCGUCUGUCUCCGAGCCGUCGCAGCUGACUGACGAGUCUUUUGCUGUUGCGCAAGCGGCCCCUACUCAGGAUCUUCAACAGACGCUUGGCUGGUCGGAGGGUAGCGUCCUGCUGCAGGACGAGCAAGCAAUCGUCGAUGAAGGCUCACUGCAGUCGAAUCAUGCAGGCGUGCCUGCAGGCCCAAGCGUGGCCAUCUCUGCUGCCUCAAGCGAGCCCCGACACGCACACGAGGACCUUCCAGAAGCUGGCGACCAUGAGCAGCUUCAUUCGGCCGCUGACGAUGACGACUCGAAACACACUGCGCCGACAUCGAAGCCGGAGGUCGAGCUGACAGCGGAGGUUGGGACAGAUUCGAGCCCAGCAGAAGUCGCGCACACGACAGAGCUGGAGGCGGCUGCAGAGCACGCUCAAGGCGAGCAAUCACAGGAGGCCGACGAAGCCGACGCGCCCGUUCAUGUCGAGGCAGAUGAGGAAGAAGAUGCUUGGGAGGACGAGUCGGACGGUGAGGUGCCUAUUGCUCGCGAUCUGGACCCACUCGAUGACGCAGCCCUUCGAGCAGCUGCAGCUGCCGCCUUCCCUCCGCCCAUCGCUCGCCCCGUCGCCGAAGACGAAAUCGAGAUCCUCGCAGGCCAAGCGGAUGACCCGGAAGCCGAGAUCGGUCUGGCAGAAGAGAUGGACGGUAUCCUCGAGGCCGUCGGCAUGCGAGGUCCUCUCUUCGGCAUCGUCCAGAAUUUGUUCCUCAUGAUCUUCCUCUGCGGGUUCGUCAUGCUGGCUUUCGUCAUGGCACCCUACGUCGUCGGAAGGCUGCUCGGCUCGGGCCCAGGCUUGGUCAAGAUGCUGGCGCUGCCAGUCAAAUUGCUGCGCUACGUGACAGAUCCCGUGUUUGACGCUCUGAUUGCACUGGGCGCCAACAGCGUUUGGCCGAAGCUUGCCGCGCUGGUCGGAGUGCAGCCAACGUCAACGCAGGAUGUGAGCCAACUUGUCGCCGAGGCCGCCUCGACGUCGACCUCCAUCAAUGCCUGGAUCCAGAAGUACUUGCCCUCGUUCUUGAGCCAGGCGGCGGCAGACAAUACGAAGCUGCUCACACAACAAGCCGUGCAGGCACCAGUGGCAGCAAAGGCGAGCGCGACAGCUGCGAUGCUGCUGCGAGUCCUUCCUGUCAGCGUGACGAGCUCUCCGCAAUGGAAAGCUGUCAGCGAUGCAUUCGACGUCGCCCUUGCUACAGGCAUGCAAGGCACGCUUCGGCGCGUCGCUGACCACGUCGCUGCCAGUUUCGUCCGAUUGGAUGCCCAUCGCAUCGGUACCUCGAGCACAGAUCGCAUCUUUUGCGUCGCCUUUGGUCACUGCUACUGGCUGCUCAUCCUCCUCAUCCACCAGCACUUCUCCAAGCCCGAUUUGCAGCGUGCUGUCGCGGAACAGUCUGCGUUCAAGAUGUUCAUGGACCAGCAUGUGCUCAUCAUCAAGGCCAUCUCGUUCAUCUUUAUCGAGCUCAUCGUCUUUCCACUUGGAUGUGGGCUGCUGUUUGACAUCUGCACCAUGCCCUUCUUCGCCGAGGCCUCGGUCAUGCUCUGGCCCGACAAGGUCAGGACUGCGCCUCUUUCCUUUGCAUUCACGCGGUGGAUGGGCGGCACCAUCUACAUGUUCAUCUUCGCGCAGUACGUCAGCGCCACCAGAAAGGUGUUGCGCCCGGGCGUGUUUUGCUGGAUCCGCGACCCGAACGACCCCAGCUUCCAUCCGAUCCGGGAGAUUCUGGACAAGAAGACCCUCACGCAGCUCAGGAAGAUUGGAGCAUCUGCGAUCAUGUACGCAGCUAUCCUCGUCGCCAGCGUCGGCGUCAACACUUACUUCAUGCGAUACGUCAUGGCUGGGACUGGGCUCUUGCCACUACGAUGGAAGCCAUUCGACCCGCUCACCGAGGUACCCAUCGACUUACUGAUGGUGCACUUUGCUCUGCCUUGGGCGACGCAGCGCAUCGAUCCAGAGAAAGUGUCGGAUAAGUGGUUCAAGGCGUGGUGGAAAGCUGCAUCGCGGGCACUUCGGCUCAGCAGCUACAUGAUCGGAGGCGAGUUUUGGGAAGAGCGGCGACGACCCAAGGUCGGUUCCUUGGUGGCGGCUUGGAACGCACUUUUGCAUCGGAAGAUCGACAACACCUACGUUGAAGAUGGCGGGCUCUGUCGCGUUCCGGCAGAUGACAAGGCCGUCACUUCUGGCCCGCUCAUCAUUCCGCUCAAAGCAGACGGAACGCCUCCUACGGAACGCCUUGCCGAAGCCAUCACGAAUCAAGAGGCUGACGCAGAAAAACACACACCCAAGCCCACGUACACCAAGAUCUACCUCCCCUCGAACUACCGCGCUCGCAUCACGACGAUCCUCACUCUGCUCUGGCUCAGUCACUCGGCGCUCUUCAUCCUCGGACUCGGGAUUCCUCUCUUCGUGGGGCGCGGCAUCACUGCCGUGCUGCGAGGAAGGGAAACGCAGACGCACGACUUCUACUCGUACACAACCGGACUCACACUCCUGCUGGUGACGACCAAAAUCGGGAACGGUGGUCGAAAGAUGUGGAUGCGCCGAACCAGGCGAGCCCACGCGCACCAGACGAGUCCUAGCAUGUACCUUGCUAUUCACGUCUGGAUCAAGGUCAAGCGCCUUCUCCGUGCAGCUGCUCUUCUCGUUGGCGUCGCCGGUCUUGUCCCGCUCACCUUUGGUCUGCUGAUCGACCAAUACGUGCUGGUACCGCUCCGCUACCGGUCGACGCAAAUCCCCGUCUUGCACCUGGGUCAAAUCUGGGCGUGCGGCGUCAUCGAGACGCGCCUGAUCUUCUUCCUGACUCGCUUUUUUGGCUUGCCAGAAACGGGUGCGUACGGCCGCUUCAUGUCGAAUGCAGAUCAUGUUGUACGAGGCGGCCUGUAUCCGAGGCCGAAGGUCGAGGUGGCAUGGAAGCGCAUCGUCUUACCCGUCGUCCUGGCCGGCUCUGCGCUGCUGUUGGCUCCGAUCAGCAUCGCACACACCUUCGCCAGCAGGGGCUGGGUGCGCGUCGAGACGAGGGAGCAAGAACAGUUGCUACUGCGCAAAGUGUUCGGCGCCAUCCAGAGCAUUGUCCUCGUAGCAGCGGUCAGGGCGGUCGCGAGGAAGAGGAUGGAGAGCUGGACGGAUUUGUUGAAAGAUGAGGUCUUCUUGGAAAGCACCGAGCUGAAGAAUUACGAGGAGAAGGACGAGGAGGGAAAGGGAAAGGGCAAGAAGAGGUCGAGAAGAGGUGUGCCCGUGGAGGAGGAGGAUGAAUGGGUGGCUGAUGUUGGUGUGGAAGAGGGUGAAGCGAGGGGAGGGAGAGGGGACGAGUAUGUGGCUGAGGGGACGCUGCCAGACGUGAUGUUCCGCUGA